AUGGAGGACGAAGUUCCUUUGACCGGCUACUGGAGACAUUUUAAAGACGUUUUCACGUCAAAAAAACUCAUCAUGCUUGGUGUCGACGAAAAGAAUCUUCCAAGUACGGACACCGUCCAAGCUCUCACAAACAGCAUGGCAUCGGUUGCUUUGACGUUGCCGACGUUCUGGGCGCAGAAUCCUGAUGCGUGGUUCUACAAAGUUGGAGCCCAAUUCAAAAAUGCCAACAUCACCACCGAGCAAAGGAGGUUCUACAAAGUCCUGGCUGUCCUGCCGGAGAGUGCUGCAAUCCGUGUUCGCGAAAUAGCUCAGCAAGGUCAGUUCAAUCCAGGCGACUACGAGAAACUGAAACAGAAACUCAUCCGAACUCGCCAGCCGUCAACCCUUGAACGAUUGGACCGUCUGACCGAGUUGAAAAACAUCGCGCACAAGAAGCCAUCGGAGAUUUUGAUUGAUCUGGAAGCGAUUUUCCAUUCGGCAAUCGUGUAA